CAGAAUCUAUAAUUUAUGAAAUAAUUACUGCUAUUAAACUAUAUGAACAGAAAAGAGCAUGUCUUCAGUUUUCACACUAUCUGUAGUACGUUAAGGAGUGGGUGGGAACUACAUUAGCUAGCUGCUCGUCUCUAAAGGGGACUUCGAGAUCAAACGUCACCCGGCGGCAUGUCUCCAUGACAGGAGAGCUGCGCGCUAGACAAACUAGCCUCGUCUGGGGUGCAACGAGUCUAUGGAGACUUGAAAUUCUGACACGGAGAACGUCAGAAAGCACACACCUCUGGAGUGGCAGUGAUCUGACCAAAUGGAAACUGUUGAACAUUACAGCAUGUUGUCUACAGCAAGACUAAAAUGGUUGGACUAUUGUCCUUUAAAGGUCGACGCGGCUAUUUCAGAUGAGUCACUCUGAAGGUUCUUCUGUGUUGCCACAGGCAGGCAGGGCACCAGAUGACUGGUGUGUACUGGGAGUAGGGCUUUGAGCCGCUGCGCUGCAUUGGAGCACAAUUCACAGCCAUGCAGCAGGUGCUGGAUAACCUGAGAGACCUGCCUCCCACCACGGGGGCCAAAGACAUCGACCUCCUCUUCCUCAGGGGAAUCAUAGAGAGCCCUAUAGUCCGCUCCCUCGCCAAGGCCCAUGAGAGGCUGGCGGAUGUGAAGCUGGAGGCUGUGAGAGACAACAACCAGCAGCUGGUCUCAGAGAUCCUAGACUUCCUCACAGGACUGAGUAGUAGAGACGCCUCCGCUGAGGAACUAGCCAACAUCCUCCAGGAACCACACUUCAAGUCUCUGAUUGAGGCCCAUGACAAGGUGGCAGCUAAAUGUUAUGAGAUGCUGCCGUCGGAGGUGAACAGUAAUGCCAUGGCGACCAGCCCGCUUGUGCUCGCUGACGCCGUCAGGAUGAUUGGCAUUCAGAAGAAGGCUGGCGAACCACUGGGCGUGACGUUCAGGGUGGCACGCGGGGAGCUGGUGAUAGCCAGGAUCCUGCACGGCAGUAUGAUUGACCGGCAGGGCAUGCUGCACGCGGGAGACGUCAUCAGGGAGGUGAACGGGCGCGAGGUGGGCAGCGAUCCCAAGGAGCUGUUGGAGCUGCUGAGGGACUGCCAGGGGGGCAUCACCCUCAAGAUCCUGCCCAGCUACCGCGACACUCCAGCACCCCCACAGGUGCAUCUGAAAACCCACUUUAAUUACAGCCCAGCCACAGACAACUUGAUCCCCUGUAAGGAGGCUGGCCUGGCCUUCUCUAAAGGAGAUGUAUUGCACAUUGUCAACAGAGAGGACCCUAACUGGUGGCAGGCAGUCAACAUUGUGGGAGGAGCCACAGGACUGAUCCCCAGUCAGUUCUUAGAGGAAAAGAGGAAGGCCUUUGUGAGGAGAGAAUGGAAUGGAUCAGGUGUUCUCUGUGGAACACUAACAGGAAAGAAGAAGAAGAAGAAGAUGAUGUACCUGAUGUCCAAGAAUGCAGAGUUUGACCGCCACGAGCUGCAGAUCUACGAAGAGGUGGCCAAGAUGCCUCCGUUCCAGAGGAAGACCCUGGUUCUGAUUGGUGCUCAGGGAGUGGGCCGGCGCAGCCUGAAGAACAGACUGAUCAUCAUCAACCCCCUGCUCUAUGGAACCACCGUCCCCUUCACGUCUCGGCCUGCUCGGGAGGAGGAGAGAGACGGCCAGUCGUACUGCUUUGUGUCUCGGUCCCAGAUGGAGGCAGACAUCAAGGCCAGUCGCUACCUGGAGCAUGGAGAGUACGAUGGAAACCUCUACGGAACCAAGAUGAACUCCAUCCACGAGGUGGUGGACGCAGGACGUACCUGCAUCCUGGAUGUUAACCCACAGGCGCUGAAGCAGCUGAAGACAGCAGAGUUCAUGCCGUUUGUAGUGUUUGUUGCUGCUCCAGAACUGGACACACUAAGAGCUAUGCACAAAGCCGUGGUGGACGCUGGACUCACCACCAAACUGCUCACGGAGACAGAUCUGAAGAAGACUGUGGAUGAGAGCGCCAGGAUUCGCCGGGCCUACAGCCACUACUUUGACCUGACCAUCGUUAACGACAACCUGGACAAGGCCUUUGAGCAGCUGCAGGUGGCCGUGGAGCAGCUGUGUUCUGAGCCCCAGUGGGUCCCCGUCAGCUGGGUGUACUGAGAGACACCGGUCCUGUCCUCUCCUGCUGCCCUGCCUGGUUAGGCUGCUCCCUACUGGGCUGGAGGACACGCCGCCUGCUGCUGGGCCCAGCAGUACAUGGAGACUAGGAAGAGGUUGUCCCUAACCACCACGGUUGGGGUCAAUUCCAUUUCAAUUCAGUUAAUUCAGGAAGUAGAUUGAGGAAAAGUGGAAUGUCAGUGAACUUCCUAAAUUGACAGAAUUUAAAUGGAAUUGACCCCUACAGGGAUGUGAGAGCUGAGGACCCAUUGAGACUUGUGUAUGUAUGGGACUUUACCAUGCAGACCCACCUCGCCUAGCCCCACCCCACCAGGCUGUCUGCUCUGCACCACAGGCCCCAUCUGUUCACUAUGCAACACCCUGGAUAUGUCCCAAAUAGCACCCUAUUCCCUAUGUAGUGCACUACUUCUGACCAGCACUACAUGGGGAGUAGGGAGCUAUUCGGAAUAGAACCAAUGUUCACAAUAUACAAGAAGUACUUUAUUUAUUGAACAUAGUUUUCUAACUUUAACUUAACUACCUUUCUGUCCAUAUGGAUAUGGAACGAGAAACAAAAUCAUGGAGUUGAGGAUAUUUUACAAAUAUUUAAUGUUUUAUUUUAUCACUGUUGGUUGCUCACAACUACUACAAUAUUUAUCAUAAGGUUUAGAACAAUAAUAGACGAGUAUUUAUUCUGAAAGAAGAUGUGAGGGCUUGCUUUGUGACGAUACCUCAGUGUGUUAAACCUCUUCUCAGUUUACAUCGCAUACAGUACUUCAUCUCCUGUUCCUUAUAUAGUGCACUACUUUCACCGGAGCCCUAUCAGCCCUGGUCAAAAGUAGUGCACUACAUAGGGAAUAGGGUGCCAUUUGGGACACUGCGCUACAUAGAGAAUAGGGUGCCAUUUGGGACGCACACCUGGUCUCACGUCAUCUCUGAACCCUCCAUGUAGAAUAACAGCCAUGUUCUCUCUUUAAGGCAGACUAAGGGCUGAGAGAGAGAGAUGGUAAUAUCACACCACAUCUGUGAGAUAAAGGUCUUUGUUGCUGUUUCUAAUACUAUUUCCACCCUUGUUACGUUGCUUUCUGUGUUAGGAGAUGGAGAAUGGUUUCAUUAAAGGUUGACUCAGCCAGAUGACGUUGUGUGCACAAAGUUAACACAUAGUGGAUCCAUUUCCUCGACAACUAGGGAGCGUUGAAGCGUGAGGUUAAACUACUCUGCUGUUUUGGUCCCGUAGCUACCACGUUGUAGCAGUGUGAAGUGCACAUGCGCAGAUACUUUGUGUGACUGUAUGAGAGCAUAGUCUUGCAUCUUGCUCAUCUCUAUGUCUUCGUUGCAACGCCAUCUGGAGGAGUCUACUUUUAAUUCCAUUGUAUUGUAAAUGUCUGCCUGUUAGCCCGGUCUGUACGGUGCUGUGUUUUAUGUUGGAAUAAUAUUUCCAGGAUACUCGUCUGGACCUUGACAGUGUACUGCAUCUCAGAGAACCAUCCCUUUUUCAUGUGAUAUUACUGAAACUUAACUGUUUUCUUAACCAAUUGCCAUAUCUACUUAAAAGUUAUAUAUUUUACAAUUUCAACAGAGCAAAACAUUGUAUUUUCAGAUGUGUCAAAUAAAUUAACUUUUUUUUUUACACAA